GCAGGCGGAGCGAGAGCCGCGGUCGCUCGGGUUUUCAGCGCGAGCCGGAGCCGCGGCAGCAGCGCCGCGGGGGCACCUGUGCGGCGCGCAAGUAGCAGGACCGGGGUGUGGGGAUCCUGCCAGCCGCCGUCUGAGCCCGAAGGAACGGGCGCCUCCCAGCCCCUUGGGAUUCCGCUGGUGGCAGAAGCUCGGGGCCGGCAUCCUGGUGGGGUAGCCAUGGGCAGGACCAGCUAGAGGCCGGAGCAGAGGCUCGUUUGGUCCCAGUGUAGAGAGGCGGAGGGAAAGCAGAGUCUGGGACCAUGACGGCCUCCCGCCUGGACUUUGGGGAGGUGGAAACUUUCCUGGACAGGCACCCAGAGUUGUUGGAAGAUUACCUGAUGCGGAAGGGGAAGCAGGAGAUGGUGGAGAAGUGGAUGCAGAGGCACGGGCAGGGUCAGGGGGCGGUAGGCCCGAGGCCCACCCCGGCCGCCAGCACGAGCGGUGGCCCUGGACCCGACGGCUCUGCCAGCAGCCAGCCCACCCCGGGCGGCGGGGAGUGUAGGGGGGGCCCCAUGGGUCCCAGCUGGGCCAGUGGCAACCGGGGCGAUGAGAGCCUGCAGCGGAGAGCUUCUCAGAAAGAGCUGAGGAAGAGUUUUGCCCGCUCCAAGGCCAUCCAUGUGAACAGGACCUACGAUGAACAAGUGACCUCCCGGGCCCAGGAGCCCCUGAGCAGUGUGCGGCGGAGGGCGCUCCUCCGGAAGGCCAGCUCCCUGCCCCCCACCACCGCCCACAUUCUCAGUGCCCUGCUGGAAUCUCGGGUGAAUCUGCCUCAGUAUCCCCCUACGGCCAUGGACUACAAGUGCCACCUCAAAAAGCAUAACGAGCGACAGUUCUUCCUGGAACUGGUCAAGGAUAUCUCCAAUGACCUUGAUCUUACCAGUCUGAGCUACAAGAUCCUCAUCUUCGUCUGCCUCAUGGUGGACGCAGACCGCUGCUCUCUCUUCCUGGUGGAAGGGGCGGCUGCUGGCAAGAAGAGCCUGGUCUCCAAAUUCUUUGACGUGCAUGCAGGAACCCCACUGCUGCCCUGCAGCAGCACAGAAAACUCAAACGAGGUGCAGGUCCCCUGGGGCAAAGGUAUCAUUGGUUAUGUCGGGGAGCAUGGAGAGACGGUCAACAUUCCUGAUGCCUACCAGGAUCGAAGAUUCAAUGAUGAAAUCGACAAGCUAACUGGGUACAAGACAAAGUCAUUGCUGUGCAUGCCUAUCCGAAGCAGUGACGGUGAGAUCAUCGGCGUGGCCCAAGCGAUCAAUAAGAUUCCUGAGGGUGCUCCAUUUACUGAAGAUGAUGAAAAAGUCAUGCAGAUGUAUCUUCCGUUUUGUGGAAUUGCCAUAUCUAACGCUCAGCUCUUUGCUGCCUCAAGGAAAGAAUAUGAAAGAAGCAGGGCUUUGCUAGAGGUGGUUAAUGACCUCUUUGAAGAACAGACUGACCUGGAGAAAAUUGUCAAGAAAAUAAUGCAUCGAGCCCAAACGCUGUUGAAAUGUGAACGCUGUUCUGUUUUACUCCUGGAGGACAUCGAAUCACCAGUGGUGAAGUUUACCAAAUCCUUCGAAUUGAUGUCCCCAAAGUGCAGUGCUGAUGCUGAGAACAGUUUCAAAGAAAGCAUGGAGAAAUCAUCGUACUCUGACUGGCUAAUAAAUAACAGUGUUGCCGAGCUGGUAGCUUCCACGGGCCUUCCAGUGAACAUCAGUGAUGCCUACCAGGAUCCCCGCUUUGAUGCCGAGGCUGACCAGAUAUCUGGUUUUCACAUAAGAUCGGUUCUCUGCGUACCUAUUUGGAAUAGCAACCACCAAAUAAUUGGAGUGGCUCAAGUGUUAAAUAGACUCGAUGGGAAACCUUUCGAUGAUGCUGAUCAACGACUUUUCGAGGCUUUUGUCAUCUUUUGUGGCCUUGGCAUCAACAAUACCAUUAUGUAUGAUCAAGUGAAGAAGUCAUGGGCCAAGCAGUCUGUGGCUCUUGAUGUGCUAUCUUAUCAUGCAACAUGUUCAAAAGCUGAAGUUGACAAGUUUAAGGCAGCCAACAUCCCCCUGGUGUCAGAACUUGCCAUCGACGACAUACACUUUGAUGACUUUUCUCUCGACGUUGACGCCAUGAUCACGGCGGCUCUUCGGAUGUUCAUGGAGCUGGGGAUGGUACAGAAAUUUAAGAUUGACUAUGAGACACUGUGUAGGUGGCUUCUGACAGUAAGGAAGAAUUACCGAAUGGUUCUGUACCACAACUGGAGACACGCCUUCAACGUGUGCCAGCUGAUGUUUGCCAUGUUGACUACCGCCGGGUUUCAAGAGAUUCUGACCGAGGUGGAAAUUUUAGCGGUGAUUGUGGGAUGCCUGUGUCAUGACCUCGACCACAGGGGAACCAACAAUGCCUUCCAAGCUAAGAGCGGCUCUGCCCUGGCCCAACUCUAUGGAACCUCUGCCACCUUGGAGCAUCACCAUUUCAACCAUGCAGUGAUGAUCCUUCAGAGCGAGGGUCACAACAUCUUUGCUAAUUUGUCCUCCAAGGAAUACAGUGACCUUAUGCAGCUUUUGAAGCAGUCAAUACUGGCAACAGACCUCACGCUGUACUUUGAGAGGAGAACAGAAUUCUUUGAACUUGUCAGUAAAGGAGAAUAUGAUUGGAACAUCAAAAACCAUCGUGAUAUAUUUCGAUCAAUGUUAAUGACAGCCUGUGACCUUGGAGCCGUGACCAAACCGUGGGAGAUCUCGAGACAGGUGGCUGAACUUGUAACCAGCGAGUUCUUUGAACAAGGCGAUCGGGAGAGAGCAGAACUGAAACUUACCCCUUCAGCUAUUUUUGAUCGGAACCGGAAGGAUGAGCUGCCUCGGUUGCAACUCGAGUGGAUUGAUAGCAUCUGUAUGCCUCUGUACCAGGCACUGGUGAAGGUCAAUGUGAAACUGAAGCCAAUGCUGGAUUCCGUGGCCACCAACAGAAGUAAGUGGGAAGAGUUGCACCGGAAAAGGCUGCUUGUCUCCACGGCUGCCUCCGCCCCCUCUGCCAACGUCAUGGAGACCAGGGAUGACAGAAACUAACCCUUCAGGCCAGCUGCUGCUGCAGGAUGACUGAGCCCUGGAGAGCCGGCUUCGGUCCCGCACACCAUUCUUUUGUUCCUUUAAGCUCAAACAGACAUAAAACCUCAGGGAUGUGCUGAGAAGCAUGCCUGGACUUUCACCUUGAAGUGUGGUGUCAGCAAAAAGGACAGAGGAGGAAGUGGGGGCAACAAGCACACCCCAGGACCCUCACCUUUCCCUGAUGAGCAAGAAGAUUCUGUGCUGAGACGAAGAACCUGGGCAGAGGGCAGCUGUGGGUCCAGGACCUGAGGGUGGUUGGCCCUGCUCACUCGGAGCUAAGGGAACGCUGAACAGUGAAGGCAUCAUUAGCGCUGCUUCAUUUUGCAUAUGGCUAUUCUGUUUGUUACAAGCCAAACAAUGCCUGCCUUGCUUCCUCUCCCAAGCUCCCUUUUGUGCCAGACUGUCCUUAGAAUCCCAAUUUGUAUUCUGUGGAGAUAUCUUAUUUUUAAUCCUAAAGCUUCUUAAUGAUAGAUCAGAGCCUUCAGAAUUGCCUACCUAAAAGAGACACCUAUAUUAUCCUUACAAAAACCAGCCAUUCCCAGUUUCCCCUAAAAAUGUCCAUAGUAGGAAAACAGCAAAUGUGUUUGUCUGAUUGGUGUUUACACAAGAUUCGUAACACUGCAUUGGGAUUGAGGUCCCCUUUUUCAGUUUUUAGAUUCAACCUUCAAUGUAGAUCAAGGCUUCUCCUAGAAGGAAUGGAUUGAUAGACUUUAAUUAAAGUCAGGAUGAAAGAAAAUCUAUAGGUGGAUUUACUAUGAGUGACAUAAGAACAUUCAAAACUAUUUCCAACAGUGAAACAUUUCACAGGACACAGCAGAGCCACAGAGAAUAAUCAUGACAAUUAAUAAACCUUGAGUUCUAGUGAUGAGUUUCAGCACAAAGUUUAAAGUUACUGCUGGUGCCAAAUGAAAGCCAAAUGGAGGGCUCCCCAGUUUUGGAUUUUUCCUUAAGGAUAAAAUAUAAUGCUUGAAAGAUUAAGAAAUAACAGUCUGGGCAGUGAACAAAUAUCCUACAGAAAUCCAGGUUUAUAAAAGGGAAGAAUG